UUCCCACCAGAGAACUGUCGCCUCCUCUGGCGACACCCCCCACUAUAUAUGCACACACACACACAUUAUAAUCAACCUCCUAGAGACUCUCAGAGAUCGAUCGAUCAUCUUUCCUUUUCCUCUUCUGGUCUCCCCACCAACCAUCGAUCCAUUUCCAAAUUCACAGAAAAACAACGAUGGCUCUGUCACUCCCACAUGGACUGAAGCUUGCAGUGGGCGCUGUGAUUCUUAUGUCUUCCCUCAUCAUGGUGUUUCUGCCUUCCAAUUCCAAAUCAGAUGCGUUGGGGUUGCGUUUGUACAGAUCUGCUGCUAGUAGUAGAAAUUAUGGGAAGCAGACGAUGAAGAUGGUGGUGGGUUCGAAGCCUCCUGAAUGUGUGGACAAGUGCAUGAGUUGCAGGCCGUGCAUGGCGGCUCUGGUCCCAAUUCCCCCUAGUCCCUACACCGAGGGAAUCAAAGACCCGUCGUCUCAUGGAGAAGAAGAAGAGGAUAGAUAUUAUCUCCUCUCUUGGAAAUGCAGAUGUGGUGAUAAGCUCUACCAACCUUAAUCCAUCUAAUUUAA